AAAUCCUUCCACCAUACCACUGUUCUUAUAAGCCAUAAAAGAACACACACUGGAGAGAAGCCUUACAAAUAUAAUCAAUGUGGUAAAGCCUUUGCAAAAAACAGUAAGCUCAUACGUCAUAAAAGAACACACACUGGAGAGAAACCAUAUGAAUGUAAUGAGUGUGGCAAAGCCUUUGCAAAAAACAGUAAUCUCAUAACUCAUAAAAGAACACACACUGGAGAGAAACCUUAUGAGUGUUACCAGUGUGGUAAAGCUUUUGCAAAAAACAGUCAUCUCAUAAGCCAUGAAAGAACACACACUGGAGAGAAACCUUAUGAAUGUAACCAGUGUGGUAAAGCCUUUGCCGAAAACAGUCAUCUCAUAAGCCAUAAAAGAACACACACUGGAGAGAAACCAUAUGAAUGUAAUGAGUGUGGCAAAGCCUUUGCACAAAGCAGUAAUCUCAUAACUCAUAAAAGAACACACACUGGAGAGAAACCUUAUGAGUGUUACCAGUGUGGUAAAGCCUUUGCACAAAACAGUACUCUCUUAAGCCAUAAAAGAACACACACUGGAGAGAAACCUUAUCAAUGUAACCAGUGUGGUAAAGCCUUUGCCGAAAACAGUCAUCUCAUAAGCCAUAAAAGAACACACACUGGAGAGAAACCUUAUGGAUGUAACCAGUGUGGUAAAAGUUUUGCACAAAACAGUCCUCUCAUAAGACAUAAAAGAAAACAUACUGGAAAGAAACCUUAUGAAUAUACCCAAUGUGAUAAAGACUUUGCACAGCAGUCUCCGGAAACAUGAAAAAACGCACAGUUUAGAGAAGCUUGGUGAGGAUAAUUAGUGUGAUAAAACCUUUGCAUAUAACAGUCAUCUCCUAAGACAACAGCACAUUCUGGAGGGAAACCAUAUGACUUAACAGUGUGGCAAAGCCUUUGCACAUAA